AACCCCCGGCCUGCUUUGGUCACGCGGUCAAUGACGUCAGCAGAAGCGUUACUGAAACUGAUGUGCCCACACAUGUAACAAUCACCGCCUGUGAGAGCUUCAUUCUCACCGUCACACUGCGACUGGACGCAACUUAAGUGAAACCGGGGCAGUCAUCUUCUGAGGCCAUUACGAUCAAAACCUUUGGACGACAUCGUUUAGAAUCAGGGUGCCUCUAGAGAAGCUACUGGUAGCUAUCUUAGCUAGCACAGCUGGUGAACUUUAAACCAUCGCUGCUUUGUGAGUGACGUUCAACUUUAUCCCACUCGAGCGAGCGAGCCAGGCAGGUGAAGCUAUAGCCAAAAUACAAGGAGGGAUAUGAACUAUACACGGGUACGAUUUCAGUUCAGCUAACUGUCAAAGAGUUGCUAGCCGGUUGAGCUGAUUGGUCGGUCCGACUUCCUAGCAUCGUUCGAGGUCAUUCUGUGCCGUGUGUAUCGAGCCAGCUGUUAUCGGGAAGCUAGCGCAAGUCAUGAAGAGUCUUCCGUAUUUCUGCCGGGGAGAGGUCAUUCGAGGCUUCGGGAGAGGAAGCAAGGAACUGGGAAUUCCCACAGCCAACUUUCCUGACUCGGUGGUGGACAAUCUUCCCGCAGAUAUCGGCACAGGGAUCUACUACGGCUGGGCCUGCGUGGAUAAUGGUGAUGUCUACAAGAUGGUGAUGAGCAUUGGCUGGAACCCUUACUACAAAAAUACCAAGAAGUCCAUGGAGACUCAUGUGAUUCACACAUUCAAAGAGGACUUUUAUGGGGAGAUUCUCAGUGUUGUCAUGGUGGGCUACAUCCGUCCAGAGAGAAGCUACAACUCACUUGCAGAAGCGCUCAUUGCAGCCAUAAAUAACGAUAUUGAGGAGGCCAAGGCCCAGCUGGAGGUGCCAGAGCAUCUCAAACUGAGAGACGACAACUUCUUCACCAGCGCUCCCAGCCCGUCCUCAGCCCUGCCCCCCACCAGCGCAUCCACAUCACAGACUAUUAUGAAUGGUCACUGACAGCUGGCUGUGACUGCAGCACUUUGUUCACACACACAUACACACACACCAGAACAACACAGAUGUUUCUAUACACACACACACACAGGUGUAUGCGUUCAUUAAAAUGCACAGCUUCAUUCUGAGAUCUCUUAACUGUCGUUAUGGCUACACACGGACGUAAUCUAAAACAACCAAUCCUUUUUCUUUUACUUCCUUUUUGUCUCAACUGUGUAACUUCCUGUAUUGCUUUGCUUCAGCCAUCCAUUCACUUAAUAGAUGUUCAUUUGUAUAUAUCCACAGCAGAUUGACUCUGUAUAUAAUGGAAAACACAAAUGGUCCAUAAACUCAACUCUGUGAACACUCUUUAGCCAAGGUUGAAAGAAAGAUGCUCAUGUCUUUUACUGUUGACGUCUGUGUCAGAUGGUUAGAGAGUCUGGGCAUUCUUAUCUGUAACAAAAACACUGGUCGCACUGUUAGAUGAAUAUGUAGCUAAAUGCAAGGCGUGUGUGACGACAGGGAGAUUAAAUUAUUAAUGUAACGGUGUUAAAGUAUUCUGGCUUUGUCGUCUCAUUUUCCUCAUCAAAAUGUCUUUCUCUUCUAGUGAGACACAAGCCCUCUACUGUUUAUCACUGCUCUCAAACGGAUGACUUUAUUCAAUUGGACUAGAGAUUUAAUUUAGGGUUUUUUAAUGCUUAUGCAGAAAUGAAAAUCUCAUAGGAAGUAUUAACCAUUACAGAAUGGUUAUUUAUGGAAUGAUUGUUUUUAAGGAUAGACUUUUCAAAUAUUUUCAACGCAUUUGCCCUCUGGGUUUGAGUGGUACUCUCUUGACACAAAAUAUAUUUCCAUUAUCGGCAGAUAAAAGCAAUUAUAGAUGAGUCAAGGAAUGCAGGCUGGAUAAGCAUGUUAUGCACGUCCGUUACGUUGAAAGUCAGCCGUGUAUGAGCUCUGAUUUCUACCAUAAAUACUUGAGAGGUUCAUGUCGAUUUACCUACAAUUUGCAUUAAAUGCUUUAUCUUUAUUCAUUAGCUUCCUUUUACGUUCUUGCGGUCUUUCAACAUUUUAACUUUUUUUUUCAAAACAUGUUAGUGCUUUACAGUUCUGUGUGUGUUUGCGUGUGUGCCAGCACCUCUAGGUUUUACAAAGAAAAUGACACCGAACACAAGUAUGUUAAAUUCUUUGAACCCCUGUAAAUAAUUGUUUUUAAUAAAUGAAAAGAUGAGUCUAGCUAUGUGAUUUUGUAUUUUAAGUUAAGUGUUAAGGGAGUAAAAUAUAUGACUGCAGUCUUGCAACAGUAUCUAUUUUCAUCUCCAAAGAAGUUUUUCCAGCUACCUUUCUAUUCUCAGUCGGUUAGUCUUUGUAGGUUUCCCUUUUCAGCAGUUUGCUUUUUAACUUACAGGGAAAUGAAUGAAAGAAUAUAAUACACGUAGCAGUACUUCACUGUAAUCAUGUUGACAAAUUCACUGCUGUAAAAAGAUUUCCUUUCAUGCUGAAUGCUACAAUAUCCAUUAUAUUCAUCCUCUAAAGCACUUAAAUGUACAAAAUAAAAUUGAAAGUAUCUUUGAA